AUGGAGGUUCUAAAGAAUCUUUCCGCAACAGGCCUGGACGCCCUCAGGCACAACUUCGCCCUUCAUGAUCUUCAAGGCGGACUAGCGGAAGAGGAGUUUGUUAAUUUAGUGGCGCGCGUGUACGCUGACCACAACAUCCCCACUCUCCAUACUGAUGCGCAGUUUCGUAAACUGUUCGCCAAGAUCGAUGUGCUUGGGCAGGGCCGCAUUUCAUGGGAUGCUUUCUCAAUGUACGCUAUUGAGUCAACGCGGCAGAAAUUAUACGGGGUGGCAACCACACGACAGGAAGAUGUGUCCUUCCGCCCAUUUCACCUGGAGCAGCUUCUGCCAAAUAGUCACACCUUGCAGGUGACAGAGGUGCGGGUGCUUCGUGCUAUUGGCAAGGUGAUGAAAGUUAUCACAGACAGCGGUGGUCGCAGUACAAUGGAACUCUGUGAUAUUGUGCAAAACCUGCCCUCAUUCGGUGUCAUUCGGCCCGAUCCUAGUCCUCUUCUUGCGUGGGAUCUCGUCCCGCAUACAGUGGGGGAACCGUACUCUAACAGCAUUGUGUGUUCCUACAAUGGUGGCUUCAUUCGUUGGUUCGGCAUCAAAAAGGCGAGCCGUUAUGUUCGAUCCCUAGAGGAGUGCAAGUACAUGCGUAUCCCAGAGAGCCAGAGUUCACUGCAGUGGAUGGCGCCUCUGAACCGUCUAGUGAUGGGCAGUCGCACCGGUCAAGUUACCUUGUGGGAUAUGAGGCAGCAGGUGAUGGCGUCAAGGAAGCGACUGUUCCAGGAGACGAUCACCGCAAUGCGAGGCCAUGGUCACCUGCUCUACGCAGCGAGCCUGGAGGCCCAUCAGUCUAUCAAGUGUCUCGACCUGGAGCGUAACAUUGUGCGGUUCGCUCUUGAUGAUCACAGCGCGGGUGGCGUAAUGGUGCUGGAGACAGACGAGCAAUUCUUAUUCUCGGCAGGAUUGGAGCAAAGUAUCGUGCAGCGGCCACUGGUGUUGCCGCGUUCGCCCCCAAUGCACCUCUACGACACUUCGCUUCCGCACAAAGGCCGCGUCACCGCAUUACGUCGUCUCGAAGGCGCCCCGUUUUUGGUGUCUGGCGACACGCACGGCAUUGUGAAGUUCUGGGAUCUGCGGAUGGGCUCGUGUCUGCAGACUUUUAAAGGCAGCAAUUUUUCCUCCACUGCACGCGGCGACGAGCUGCCAGAGUUGGAGGAUGGUGUGAGCGGAUACCUCUCUGCCCCUAUACACUCCAUCUGUCACAUUGAAGCACUCGGAAAGUUAACAGUCUCAACGACAAGAGAGCUGCUUGUCCUUACGGCUGAUAUGGGCACACGCCCUGACCUUGUCGAUGAUCAUCACAGCUGUCGCUUUGUAUUCUACCCAAACCCGGAUUAUCUUCUUACUGUGCACGACAACUGUGCCAAACUUUGGUCCAGCACCACAGGCAUGCUGUCCGCUAGCAGUGACCCGAACAUGACAAAAUAUGACAUCACCACGUGCUGCAUCGUCGAGCCGCUCAAUCGGCAGCUGCUUGUAGGGACCAUGGGUGGUGAGGUCAAGGCUUUUUCUGUUGUGAUGUUGAACCCAACAGUGGAUCUGACGCCCACUCUGCGAAACUACGUUCGUAACACGGAGAUUGCGUCACUUCACGUUGUUAUGCGGUACCGCAACGCAGGCACACCAUGUGUUUUUGUGGUGUCGCAGUUCUCUGUGUUUCUGGUUCCGUUCAAACCAGAAUGUAGCCCAGAAGAGGUGUUCCAGUUCGCUGGCUUACUGAAAGGAUUUAUGCAGCCAACUGAGGCCAUCAAAGCAACAGCCAUCACAGAGGAUCAUCUACUCGUGGCGACUUCGCAUGCGCGUGUGUACGUUGUGAGCUUCCAGGACACGGUUGCGCUUUCACACACGUUCUGCAUGUCGACUGUGGUGGAGGCCAUCAUCGCGAGACCCGCCAUCAUGUUGGGAAAGAGUCAUGGCAAGGAGCCCACAUCAGACUUUUUGAGCAGCAGCAUGCUCAUCUUUGCUGAUGUUGCGGGUCGCCUGCAUGUUGCGGCGCUGCGGCGGGACCUCCCCAGGAGGGGUGGCGGCGGCGUUUCGCCGCUGCGGUGCGAAGUGCUGGGCAGUUGGUUGCCGCGCAGGCCAGACAGCUGGGCAAGAACGCAGGCACCACGACGGCAGAGCAGUGGGCGUCGACGCUCGCAGGGCCGCGGUCGGCCAUCUGUGGAUUUUUAUCAUCGCUCUAAUUAUCCACAUAAACGGCAGCGGAUGCUGUCCCAUAGGCAGAAGUGUGAGGCGUCUCGAAACGAGGCUGGAAAAUUCUCGCUGGACGCGGUCUCAUCUACUGCAGUCAUCCUCGUCUACCUGGAGCAGUAUGAUGUGCUGGUGACCGCCGAUGAGGAAGGGAUGGUGGGGUUGUGGGACAUGACCAGCGCGGUUGCACAGUGCACCAACGUCAUCUAUGGGGCUGGGCCAGUGUUGAUCUCCUCGUGGCGCGUGCCCCAACGUGAGAUCAUCUUCUUCGGCGCCGCCAGUCACCCAACACUACAGCUACCGGUGAUGCUGACAGCCACUGGCGACCUCCAGGCCUCUCUCUGGUCGGCAGACGGUGUUCCGCUGGGGUCGCUGGCAACGGGGCGCGAGGUGGAUGAGGCCUCUGGCAGGCGUCGCUUUGGGCUGCGACCGUACCUCCUCAUGUCCGACAGCACAACGCCUGAGUUGUGGACGAAGUUUGUAACAUACAUGGAGCGGAGGGGCGCGCAGGACAUGCUGCCCACCUGCACGCGGGGUCGGCGACAGCACACCCACGCGCCACGAACAUGGCUGCAGACGAAGGAUGCGGAUGAAGACGCGGCGGCGGUGGCGGCAGUCAACGAGCACAUUUUCUCCUCCACGAUGAGCGGGACGCUCAGCAGCCUGCCGCUGCUGGCAUUCGCCACCGACCCGGGGCCGAUUCCGAAGUCGAGCUUCGCCCGACGCGUCGGGGUGAGCAACGACAACGGCACAGAGAACGUGCAGGCGGAGAGUCAAGAAUAUGGGGAGAAAGAGGACGGCACGGAAGAAGCGGAGCAAGACGCAGUGGAGGAGAAUGGUGGUGGUGAUGGCAUGGGCACUGGGGCACUUAUUGUGCAGCCGCGCCACCGUCGUCAUGUGACGCGUGCGGCGGCACCAUUCUCGNGUGGUGAUGGCAUGGGCACUGGGGCACUUAUUGUGCAGCCGCGCCACCGUCGUCAUGUGACGCGUGCGGCGGCACCAUUCUCGCUCUGGCGCACCGGCCUCGUGCGGCUGCCGCCGUUGACGGCAGCGAAGCGGCGGUGUGUGACCUAA